AUGAAACGUCCUAUUUCCCAAGCACCGAGGCGUUGCUGCUGGCCCUCGGUUUUUGCGUCGCUGGCCAGCGAGUACGACAACAACCUGUUUUUCGACCAUUUGCUAGCAACAUCCAUUAUUGACUAUGCAACCUCCAUGCUCUCGGAACUACCUUCAACUGCCCAACAAUACGUGCUGUCGGUGGCCACCAAUUACUACACCAGUUUCACCUCUGUUGACUCGGCUAUCCAGACGAUUUUGACUUUCCCAUCCAGCACGCCAUCCCAAUCCAGCUGGGACACAGAGGUCAUCAUCCCGGACGACCAGUCGGCCACGUACAUGACGUACUACAAGCUGGCCAAAUGCAAUGCCCUCUGCUACGACAUUGCUACGUACGGCCGCCAAUACAACAGUAUGGCCAUCACAAACCCUGGCUUUGCGACAAGCCUCAACGAGAUAGUCAGCGCAUAUUCCACAGAGUCCGAUCUUUUGCGAGUGAACCUCGAAUGCGACACGCUGCUGGCAUAUUUGAGCCAGCUUCCAUGGAGCGGCCGCAUUCUCGAGGAGGCCAAAAGCUCGUACCUGGUGCUCCAGAUGCUCUACGACACACCAACGGCAAAUCCCGAUUACCUCACCACGACAUAUUACCAGCCGUGGGUGUAUAUCUCCGACGCAAACACACAGACUACGGUCACGUCAUUAGGGCCGUCACAAGCCGCCUCCUCGACGAUGGCAUCAAGCACAGGAGCUUACAUCACUACCACAACAAUAUUGUCAUCCACAUCAGUCAACACAGACACCCCGCGCGCGUCCAUGUCCAGUACUGCGGCCACUGAAAUUAGUCAGACAGACACCGUCACGAUCCACUACGACGCGCAAAUAAUCUUCUCGGCAGUGAUCGAGGGCCUGGUUAUCGACUACAGAAAGCACUCAGAUGACUACAAUUCUCUCAUAACUAAAAACAGCAACCUCACCAUCGUGCAGAACUACACGAACAUGAUCAACGAAUUCAAAACUAGAAGAGCACAGCCCGACCUGGACGAGUACGAGUAUAUAGUGAAGGUUAUUCAUACGUUUGCAAACGUUGUGCCCUGGAGAUCGAGGAUCUGGGACGGAAUGGGGUGGUGGUACACGAACCAGAUGCUUUCGCAAGGCCGAAGCACCGAGUCGUUCACCGAGGGAGCAGGCCAGUUCUUCACGCAGUUGUACAACCCGCAGCUCACGGGACAGCUGGACGCUCGAAUCACGUCUGUGCCGCAGCUCAAGACGAACGCAGGGAUCGGCGUCGAGGACUGA